AUGGAGCUGCGCAGUGUUGAGGAGUGGUUCAAAGCCAUCGAUGACAAGGAUAUGGAGCGCAUAAUGUACAAUAUGAGCAACUUUCACCGCGUGACAAACAACGAGGGAAAUACGGCCUUGAUUCUGGCCGCGGGCCGCAAUGAGCCAGAGAUAGUCUCUCUCCUUGCGCAGCUAGAGUACGGCAUGCGCAAUAAACACGGAUAUACGGCGCUUAUGGCUGCGGCUAUGUACGAUUCCGACGAAUGUUGCAGAAUUUUGCUUCCACUCGAGCAGGAUCUUCGACUGCGCGACGGAGGAACGGCGAUUAUGGUUGCUGCAGCUGUCGGCUCUGUCAAUGCCUUCAAUGUUCUGUUCCCUGCCAUGGGGGAUUCCAUCGACACAGCUGGGCGUGGAGUUCUUUCGGUGGCUGCCAGUGCCGGCCAAUUAGAAAUCGUAAAGCAAAUAUUACCGCCGAAUGGAAAUUACCGCACACAGAAAUUGCCCCACGAUAUGCGGGCUGCGAUUCAGGUAGCCACUGCGAACAGACAUGACGAUGUUUCUAGCUAUCUCCACCAAAUUCUGACGGACAAUGGUACACUGGACUCGACUGUCAAUCCACUGACUUCGAGGAUGAAGAGCUUGCGCGAGCUGUCGCACUCUAAUCCUGGUUUGGCUACAAUGGGAUACACGAUGCCCUCGGUAACAGGCACCUACAACCCCAACGAUCUCUCUCUAAGCACCCGUGGCUUCCAAGACACUGUUCAGUGCGAGCACGAUCCCGAUGAAAUAUGUAGUCACUGUCUCAAGAAGUACAAUAACUUAAAGAGCGCCACGCCCAAGCCGAACAUUACCGCACAAGAGGAUGUUGCGAAUGCGCUCACGACACCUACCCGAUCCUUAUCACAGACAAGAUCGGGUUCGCGUGCCCUGUCAGCUCGUUCAUCGUCACCCCACAGCAUCCUUGGUACCACGCGAUCCGGGAUUGGUGGGGGAAACUAUUCUAACUACGACAAUUACCUGCAUAACACUAAAUCACAGCUAUUCCAGGACCAUGUGGCGAGCAUGCGCGCUGCCAGCAUACGGGCAUCUAGUGUAGAGCGCACCAGCCGUGCAUCUAAGGUUGACACUCCCUCUAGAAUCGCCCAGGGAGAGGCCUCUAGACGCUCCCAGGUCAAUAGAUACCCAAAAUCUGCAAAAGCAGCCAAAAUGCCCUUUAAUUCAGACUUUAUUGCCGCGCUCCAAGACAACCGGAUUCCAGAUAUACAAAACGAGAGCCCAUAUAAUCCCGUAAAGUCCAAGUCACGAUCGAGCUCUAACUAUUCUGCCCAUGGAACAAGGAGUAUGGGAUCCACCACGGCCUCUUCCCUCUCCACGGGCCCUGUUGGGAUUACCACAGAUGUUGGAAAGGACUCCUUCCCCCAUGUCAAGAGCACUUAUAUAGACGACCUACCAGGGAAGAAGUCCUAUAAGCAUGUCGCCAGCAAGGUUGACAGCGGUAUUGGGAACAACAUGAUGCCGUACGACCUGCGCAACGCUAGCUCCUACCGUACGGGCACAAAAUCAGAUUUAUCCCCUUCGGUUGAUACUACAACAACACACCUUAGUCCUGAAACAUGCGACGACGAGCCUCCCCACGACGGCAACAGUUUGGAAUCUAAUGGCUACGCUCACUCAACAUUGUUAUCAUCUACCAUAGAUCCAGAGAAAAGUGCUAUCCCUGCAACGAAGUCUGUGACUAGCUCCUCAACGAAAUCGUCUGUUUACCGUGACCGAACAACAUCUCGUAGCCGUAGCAGGUCACCUACCUCUCCAUCCCUGACUAGGGCGUUAGCAGAGAGCACAGCCACAAGCAGCAUUCGAGCUUCAAAUGUACAGUCUAGAGUGUCUCGAACAAAGAACCAGAGCCUCUCUGCCUCAUUUUCAGCCACUAACCUGACAAAUUGGCAGCAAGACCAGUUAACGAAAUCUACAAUUGAAGCAAGCAUCCGGCAGCGGCAAGCUAACAAGUCUCCAUACACUCCACGCAGCCUACGUGACGUCAAGUCCACCGGGUACACCAAGUCCCCCACCCAGGGGGUCACCCCUCCUCAAUUCUAUGUUCGACCCGUUAAUCGCUUCGAGAGUGACAAAACGCUAGUUACUAUAGAGCAACCGUACAAGGACGUCGUUGAGGACUCUUCUGCCACCGAUAAGGACCAGCAGCUGAAUAGACUCUCGAGACCUCGAUCGGUCACGAAGCUCGUUCGCCGCCCCCUACAUAUGCUGAAACAGGAAAGCAAUCUUAUGGAUGAUCUACGUAAGACACUUGUCAAGACGCUUCACGAUCGAUCGCUUGAGGCUAAGAAGUCGCAUGUACACUCAACGACAGGGCCGAAGAUCCCUGGCGAGGCUCUUUAUGACACACUCAACCGUGACCCAUCUAUGUAUGCAACCGAUGUACUCUCCGAAGAGAGGCAGUAUCUAGAUAUCCCCUACACUUAUGAGGAAGGCCGGCGUCUACUUGCCCAGUAUCCGGAGAACCCUGCAUACUGCCAGGACGAAAUUCUAGAUCACAAGGAGCCGGACCUAACCAUUUCAGACACAUCUACUGAUCUGAUGCGCAAGUUGUGUGCAGGAGAAUGGUCUUCCCAAGAACAGCAGGACCAGACGCCCACUGGAAAAGCGAAACGCAAGAAAGGGGCAGAUAUGGGGACAUCAAAGAGGAUUUCAGAUCUGUCUGAGGCAGGGCGCCAAGCCAACGAUGGAUCUACGGCCCUAAUGUUUGCAGCCAAGUAUAACAAUGUGGAUGCUGUAGGAAAGUUACUAGAUUCAGAGGGAGGGCUAACUAUGCGAUCUGGACACACCGCGCUCAUGAUUGCGUGCAUAUACGGCGGUCUCGAUGCUGCAUUAAUGCUAGCAGAAAAGGAGCGUUGCAUCCAAACGCGCGAUAAGUGGACUGCUCUGAUGUUGUGCGCGAAGUACAACAGAUACGAGGUGGCUACUGAGCUCGUCCCUCACGAAUGUAGGUUGCAAAACAACAUGGGAAACACAGCGCUCAUCCUUGCAGCAUACACUGGCUCACUUCCGUUUGCAACACUCCUUAGUAGUUAUGAAAAAGGCAUCAAGAACAAGGUCGGACGAACUGCCCUGAUGACUGCGGUUAACUUUAACCACAUGGAGAUUGUCAAUCUGCUCAUUGAUGCAGAAGCUGGAGCACAGGAUAACGAGGGGACCUCCGCGCUUAUGAUAGCCGCACAGCAGAAUAAGGUAGAUAUCGUUCAUCUAUUGGCGCCCAGAGAAGCUAAGUUAAGGGGAAGCAUGCAGCGAACAGCAAUGAUGAUAGCUACUAGGUCAGCUUGUAGCCGGAUUGUUUCAGAGCUUUCUGACCUAGAGAGCGGACUCCAAGACUCUGAUGGAUGGACAGCUUUAAUAAUUGCGGCGCUCAUGAAUAAUAUCUCUAUAGUUGAGAUUCUCCGCGAGAAGGAAUCAGGGCUACACACCAACAAGGGCUGGACGGCUCUUAUGCUCGCCAGCAGGUGCGGGUACAUUGAAGUUGUGAAUCUCUUGGUCCACAAGGAGGCCGGUAUCCAGAUGGAGAACGGGUGGUGUGCUAUCAUGAGUGCUGCAAUCAACGGACAUACAGAUAUAGUCAAGCUACUGUUCCCCUACGAGGGCCACUUAAAGGAUAAUAAAGGAAACACUCCUAUGUCUAUUGCCUUCAAACGCGGCUAUACUGAGCUCUACAAUGUGCUCAACGAACUUAGUUUGAAAAAAGAUGCCCCGUGGAGGCCUAUUUAA